UCUGAUGAUGUCUCCGAACUUCAUUUGAAAAUAAUGGAGAAGGAUAAUUUCAGCGCAGACGAUUUUUGGAGAAGCAAGGUCAUUUCAUUAGAGCCCAUUUUCACUGAAGGUAGCAUUCCACCAACUGCAUAUAAUGUUGUCAAUCGGGACAAGGAAUACCGUGGAGAGAUUAAAGUUGGAACCAGAUUUACUCCUGAGCCUGAGCAAAACGACGGUCCAUCUGGGGGAUAUGGAAGAAACGACGGUCCAUCUGGGGAAUAUGGUGGUUCAGAGGAGGGUGACGGUGGAUGGAAACAAUCAUCUUACACGGAGGAGUAGGGCUAAUUUGGAUCAGAAGAAUCAUCUUACCCGGAAUGACCUUGUGAUUUACGGUGUAAUGUAUGAUGUUCAUUUAGCUGCCUGGUGUUGGCUUG